AAAAUUCGUCUUCAUUUCUUUUAUGAAUAGUUUUGUACUGACAUUUUCGAACAUCCAAAAGAAUUUUCAGCAAACAUGGAGAAAGUUGCAAGAGAAUUCACUGAAACCUACGUUCCUAAACCAAACCCUGACAAUGUUGAAAAUGCUGGUGAUUGGGUAUCAGAACUGUUUAAACCAACAUUUGCUUGUACUGUAGAAGAUAUAUCUACUGGUAAAGAUGAAGAGUUUCAGAUUGAAAGUAAAAUUAAACGGGUCAGAGCGUUUGACCCAGCAGCCAUUAAAGAAGUUUAUCAUAAAGUAAGAAUGAUGAACAUCAUGGAUGAAGAAAUGCAGAAAGUCAAAUUAAAACAAAUUCCUGGCUCCUCUUUAAACUUAACAGAAACUAAAGACCUACAGAAGUCUCAGAGUUUUUCUCCUGCAAGUGUACCAGACGAUUCCAAGCCAACACUGGAAUAUUCUGAAGAAGAUUUAGAACAAUCAGGUAUUUGGGACACUGAGGAACUGGAUGUGUUAAGGAAGGUUUUCAAGUCAGCUAAAACCCAGAUAUCUGAUUUAAAAGUGAAAUUACGUGAAUAUGAGGCUAGGAAUAAAUAUUUAGAAGGCAUCGUGAAAAAACAGGAAUAUGAAAUAGAAAAAUCAGACAUUAAACUUCGUGAAGCAGCGAAAUCUAACAAACGUUUAACAAUCCAUUGUGAGAAUUUACAACAUCAGUUGGAUCAUAGCAGUGCUAAAUUAGAUACUGUUACAGACAUGUGGAAAGAAAUUGAUAAAGAGAAAUCUAAAAUGAUGAAAGAAAUCCAAGAUGUGCGAGUGUCACAUGAUAAAGAGCGUCUGCUACGUAAAAAUUUAGAACUGAAACUAGAACAUGCUGUACAGGAAAGACAGAGAGCUGUGGAUAUAGCAGUUCAAAAUACUAAAGUGAAAUAUGAAAAACAAUUAUUUGAUUUGAAACAGAACCAAAAAGAAUUGGUUAAAGAAUUUUCUAAGGAGAAACAGUUAUAUGGUGUGACCAAUAAAGCCUUAAAUCAUUUGCGCCAACAUUUUUCAAGUCUACCUAUGGAUAAUAUAAUUCCACCCAAUGCUGUGACUGAAGAUCAAGUGUCUAAUAUUAGUUUUGUGUCUUGAUGAUUUCUCAAGUUUAAAUUUCUUUACUAUUUUAUUUUGUAAAUGUAUAUAAAUAUUUUUAUAC